GGCCCAAGGUUUCGGCCUGAUACUUCUAAUCAAUUGGGGCCCAAUUUUGAGCCCACUUUUAUUGUGUGCACAAACCCUUCAGAUCGAGCAAAGCCAGGAAAGGGGGAAAUCAAUCACGAACAACCGGAAGAAGAAAACUCUAAAGGAACCUAUCAAUCGGAAGAGGAGAUCGAUAUCGAGAAAAAUGUCGGUGUGUCACCGGACUACGAUGUGAACGCUAAGUGGGACGCGUGUCUCGACCUCACGACCCGCCGUUUCGUCUACUCCUCCCUCGGCGGCGCCUUCGCCGGACUUCUCUUCUUCAGGAGUCCUGCUACAAGAUGGGCGUCGAUUGCUUUUGGUGCUGGACUCGGUAUUGGCUCUGCAUACACAGAUUGCUCUCGUGCUUUCGAUGCACCUUCUUCAUCUCCAGCCAAUUUAGCAGCUCCCAAGAGCACAGAGACUUCUGUAUCUCAGGCUGCGGACGAAGGACCGAACCGAACCGAGUUCCGAUGGACCGCCACAAUCACCGACUCGUACAUGAAUAAGCCGCCGGAGAACGAUCUAUGUUCGAUAUGCCAUGCCCACUUCACCGCUCCUUGCCAAGCUAAUUGCUCCCAUUGGUUCUGCGGAAAUUGCAUUAUGCUUGUGUGGAGACACGGGUCUACGUUACAGCCGUGCAAAUGCCCCUUGUGUCGUCGUCCAAUAAGUUUGCUGGUUCCUUCAGAGGACACAAUCAAUGACCGUAAUGACCCUACUGUCGCCGAGGUUCUUGCUAGUCUUGAAACGUAUAACCGACUCUUUGGAGGACGAUCAAGUAGCUUAGUUCAGAGGAUGCAAGACCUUCCCUUCUUACUCCGCAGGUUGUUGCGGGAGAUGAUGGAUCCACAAAGAACGCUUCCACUUGUCAUUAGAGCUCGAAUGAUUCUCAGUGCUGUUUACAUAAUCAGUCCAAUAGAUAUCAUUCCAGAAGGAGUAUUGGGGGUUGUUGGGUUGCUUGAUGAUCUACUCAUAGCCCUGAUUUGUUUCCUCCAUGUUGCUGCUCUGUACCGCUCGGUUCUCUAUUUCCGUCAUGCCGGUUCG